AUGAGAGAAGAUUAUGAGAAAGAAGAAAUUGGUGAAUUUGGAACAGAGGAAUUGAAUGAAGAAUUCAUACAAGAAGAAUUGAAUGAGGAGGAUUAUCAAGAAAUGAUUCUGAUGAAGUGUAGGAAGUUAAAAUUGUUGAUUAAGAAUAGAAUUAGUACUUUCUCACAAAAUGUGAUAUUAAAUCAUUUGGAAAGUAGUUUAGUAGAAAUUUUAAAUGAUGAGGUUGGAGAUGAUGAAGAUAAUGAAGACGAGAAAGGUGAUGAUAAUGAAGAAAAUCUAGGUGAUAAUGAUGAUCAUAAUAAUCAGAAAGUUAAUGAUGAUGAAGAUGUUGAAUGCUGUGAGAAUAAUCAAGGUGGAGAUAUAAAUGAUGUACAAAAAAAGUAUAUGGGAGGCAAAAGCAUUCAAGGUGAAGAAACUGCAUCAAGAGGAAAAGAUGUUGAAAUGCAGGAAACAAAUGAUAAGAAAGUAAAGGAUCUUGAAAAGGUUGUAGCUAAACAUAACAAAAAACAAGAGGAACACAAAAAUGCCCCUGUGAAAGGCAAACAACGACAAUAUUUAAAAGGGUGUGUGGAAGGAAAUAAUGCUGAUAAAGAAGAAUGA